CAUCUUCUGUCUAUUGUGGUUACUGCAGUUAUAUUUUUCUUUCGUCCCCGCCUCCAUGUCCUCUGUUCUUAUUGGUUACCGACGCUACGAGUCCCCGGAAGGACAAUAAACCCCAAUACAUUAAAAUUACUGUGCGACAGUUUUUCGAGUGCGUGUUGAACUGCGAAAACGAUAACGGUAUCUGAGAGUUAGACAGUAAAGACUAGGACAAACAAAUACAGCCUUUCGGCUUCUUUACCAUGCAAGGUUAAUUACAGCUUCGCUUUCCCCCGCGUCCAGCUGUUAUUAGCCUAGCAUAAUUUAGCAGAGCUAGCAGCAGCAAUGGCUGCAGUUAUACUCAGUUUCCCCUCUUUGCAGGGUCUACGAAUAUUUACACAGAGAUUGUCAUGGACCAAAAGAGGAGUGAGGCUCGUGUCUGGAGAUGUGCACAGGAUAGAGAAAGUGCUUAUUGCAAACCGAGGAGAGAUUGCGUGUCGUGUGAUGCGAACAGCAAAGAAGAUGGGUGUCCGCUCAGUUGCAGUGUACAGUGACGCAGACAGAGACUCCAUGCAUGUUGCCAUGGCAGAUGAAGCUUAUCACAUCGGGCCUCCGCCCUCCCAGCAGAGUUACCUGGCUAUGGAGAAAGUUUUGGAAGUAGCAAAGAAGUCUGGUUCACAUGCUGUUCAUCCUGGUUAUGGCUUCUUAUCAGAAAACACAGAAUUUGCAGAGGCCUGUAAACAAGAAGGCAUCAUCUUCAUCGGCCCUCCUUCGUCAGCCAUUCGUGACAUGGGCAUUAAGAGCACAUCGAAACACAUCAUGUCAGCUGCUGGAGUACCAAUUAUUGGCGGUUACCAUGGAGAGGACCAAUCAAAUGAAAGACUACAGGCAGAGGCUGCUCAGAUCGGUUACCCUGUGAUGAUUAAAGCUGUGCGAGGAGGAGGAGGAAAGGGAAUGCGUAUUGCACGCUCGGACUCAGACUUCUUGGAGCAGCUGGAGUCGGCAAGACGAGAAGCGAGAAAGUCUUUCAAUGACGAUGUUAUGCUGAUUGAAAAGUUUGUGGAAGAUCCCAGACAUGUGGAGGUUCAGGUGUUUGGAGACAUGCAUGGUAACGCUGUUUAUCUGUUUGAGAGAGACUGCAGUGUCCAGAGGAGACAUCAGAAAAUCAUAGAAGAAGCUCCAGGGCCUGGUAUUAGUCCUGAGGUGCGAAGGAAACUUGGAGAAGCAGCAGUCAAAGCAGCUAAGGCUGUCAACUAUGUAGGAGCAGGUACUGUUGAGUUCAUAAUGGAUGCCAAGCAUAACUUUUACUUCAUGGAGAUGAACACCAGACUGCAGGUGGAACAUCCUGUCUCAGAGAUGAUUACUGGAACUGACCUGGUGGAGUGGCAGCUCAGGGUGGCAGCAGGUGAGCGUCUGCCUCUUCUCCAGGAUGACAUCAUCUUACGAGGGCACUCGUUUGAAGCUCGCAUCUAUGCAGAGGAUCCAAACAAUGACUUCCUCCCGGGGGCGGGGCCUCUGCUGCAUCUCUCGACACCUCCACCGGAAGAACAAACUCGCAUUGAGACUGGAGUCAGGGAAGGAGAUGAAGUGUCGGCACACUAUGACCCAAUGAUCGCCAAGCUUGUGGUGUGGGGGGAAGACCGAUCAGCUGCCUUGAAGAAGCUACGUUACUGUCUACGGCAGUACAAUAUCGUGGGACUAAACACCAAUAUUGAUUUUCUGCUGAGUCUUUCUGGACAUCCAGAGUUUGAGGCUGGAAACGUGAGCACCAGCUUCAUCCCUCAGCACUACGCCGACUUGUUCCCUGCACCACGACCUCCGUGUGGGGCAACCGUCUGCCAGGCAGCCCUGGGUCUGCUGCUGCAGGAGAAGACGCAUGUACAGGAGUUCACUGAGGCGUCCACUGAUCCCUUUUCACCUUUUGGCUCCAGCAGCGGCUGGAGAAACAAUGUGGUUUUUAUCCGAAAUAUGACACUACAGGUGGGAGACAAAAAAGUUGAUGUGGUGAUCAAAUAUAACAGUGAUGGGAGCUACAGUAUGCAGAUUGGUGAGGACGUGUACCAUGUGACUGGAACAGUUGAGCUUGAGGGAGGAGCUUCCUACCUUCACUGCUCUGUCAAUGGAGUGAAGUCCCGUCCUAAACUGGUCAUCCUGGACAACACGGUCCAUCUGUUCUCCACUGAGGGAAGCUCUCAGGUCUCUGUUCCAGUGCCUAAAUAUCUGGCUGGUGCUAGGGGUUCUGGGGCACAGGGCGGAGCUGUGGCCCCCAUGACAGGAACCAUAGAGAAGGUGCUGGUAAAGGCUGGAGAUAAGGUGGCUGCGGGCGACCCUCUGAUGGUCAUGAUCGCCAUGAAGAUGGAGCACACAAUCCGAGCACCAAAGUCGGGCGUGAUCAAGAAAGUGUUCUUCAGUGAGGGCUCUCAGGCCAAUCGUCACGCUGCUCUGGUGGAGCUGCAGGAGGAGGGAGAGGAGGAAAAUGGAGGAGGAGGAGGAGAGGCAGUCAGCAGCCAGUGAAUUUAUUCACAAGUGGAUGGAGACAAAAGAGAUGGAGGUAAAAAAGUUUGUGCUCAGACAACUGGAUAGUGACAUGUUUAGACUCUGUUUGUUCCUUCCUAUAAAGCAGGUCUAGAUGUGUGUGGUCAGGUUGAUGUUUGAAGAAUUUUGAACUGAACAUUUUUCCAGGAGCUGGAACUAAAAAAAAAAGAUCAAAGUUUUUCCUUAGUUAAGCUUUGAUGGUUGAUGUAGGGUUGUGGAGAGAUGCCUGUAUUUCUGUGAAUUUAUUUUUGCUCUUCCAUUUUUUUUCUUCCUUCUUUUGGUGGUAAGUGUAGAAUGUUAGCAGACAUUUGUUUUUCUUUACUCAAAGCACUUGUAUGUUGUCAAUAAUAAGGACUGAAGGCGCACAUUUACACAUUCAUCUGACUGAAGUGAAAAGUUUCUCGGCUCAGUAUCUUCGGCCUCCACUUCCUUGCGUUGCUCCUGAAAUUUCUAUUUAAAAAAAGCACUGGCAGGUUUAACAGACGGUGACAAAACUGCAUAAAAUAAAUGGUCUGAAAUUUGACAUUUGAGGAAAUGUUACUGAUAUGUGAGAAAUAAUGACACUUGUGACUGCAGAGAAGUUUGCAGUUCCACCAACUUAGUUGUUCUUAGUUCAAUCAUGUUUUAAUGAAAAGGUGAUAUAGUAUUUAGGCUAAUAUAUAAACUAAUGUCCUAAUAAUGAAGAGUUCACAUUUAGCUCUGUGUAACUGAGAAGACAGAGGGAAAAAACACUCCAACUGACAUCUGACUCUAGUCCAAACGUCUGUUUUUUUUACAGGAUGAAUCAAAUAAACACAAUCUGUAUGUUGA